AUGGUAGCUAAGCACAUCAUUACAAGCUAUGGAGGUAACAACAAGAAGAAAGAGCCCCCGGAUAUCUGCAGUGGCCUUCCCAUCCUCUGCCUCUUCAGCCAGUGGGCCUGUGGCUUCCUGUUUGAGCCCGGCCCCCUCGCGCGCGCCCGUUUCCAUGGCGACGCGGCGCCAGGCCCGGGCAGCCAAGCCACCGAGUGGGCGUGAAGCGGCGGCGGCGGCAGCAGCGGCUACAUGAGCGCUGGGGUGGCGGCGGCCGGGCAGCGGCCGAUCCCGGGCUCUCGGGGAGCGUGGCGCCCGCGCCCCCGCCCGCCCACGGUCCUCCAGCACCCGGGACAGCACGGCGCGCAGGCUGGGCACAGCGACGCGCAGAAGCGGGUCCUGGACCUGGAGAAGAGCCUGCAGUUCCUGCAGCAGCAGCACUCCGAGACGCUGGUCAAGCUCCACGAGGAGAUCGAGUACCUCAAGCGGGAGAACAAGGAUCUCCAUUACAAGCUAAUAAUGAAUCAGAAGCCAAAGAAAGGCAGCAUUUCCAAUUCCAGCUUUCAGUCCACCAAGUCCGUCUCAAAUUCGAUGUCAGCCAGCUCUCAAGGCAAGGCCAGGACCCAGCUUAGCUUCUCCAAGAAGCAAGACUCGAAAGCUGACGUUCCCCAGAAGACGGACCUGGAAGAGGAGAGCCCAGUUGCUGCCGUGUUUCACAAUAGCAAGCUGGACAAAGCCCCAGGGACGAAGGGGCCGGCCAAAGAUGAAGAAGGGGAGGCCUCCAGGGCAGUGGCCGCCUUGACGACAGGCAGCCCGCACAAGGGCAAGCAGCCCCCCGCAAUGAGCCUGCCCCCCUACCUGCGCAAGCCCGCCACGCUUCAGCAGUGUGAGGUGGUCAUCCGCCAGCUGUGGAAUGCCAACCUCCUGCAGGCCCAAAAGUUGCAGCACCUCAAGGCCCUUCUGGAAAAGAAUCAGAGGUCCAAGGCUGCCCCCGAGGAGGCUGGGCCCAGCUCUCCCAAGGACCAGGAGGCCCUUCACUCGGGAGCCACGCAGCUCCCCAAGGUCCCCACCAAGGGCGUCCCCAAGAAAUGCCUGAUUCUGAGCCCGAUGCCCGUGGCGGAGCGCUCCAUCCUGCCGGCGCUGAAGCAGACCCUGAAGAGUAACUUCGCCAAGCGGCAGAAAAGGCUGCAGGUGGUGCAGAGCCGGCGGCUGCACCGCUCUGUGCUCUGAGGCCCGCGGCACCCGUCUGCGUCUGCGUCUGCGUCUGCGCGGCAUGUCUCGGCAGGUCUCGGCAGGUCUCAGCCAGGCCCGUGCCCCUCCCCCGCACCCCUCCGCCGGAGACCCUCCCCCUCUCUAGAUAGCACUUCCAAAGAAUUCUAAUACGUUUAGGCCAAGCGAAAUUCCAGAUAAACAAAACUCAUCGCAGAUAAAGUACUUGGUCUCAGAACUGGGAAAUUAUUUUCUUGCUCGGUAUUUUGCUAUUCUGCGUUUACAGGAAAACACUAUGAAAUAAGCAUCACCCUACCCCGUUGAAGACUGGAAAUAAAGCUCGUUUCUCCACUUGUGCGUCUCGUCCCUCACUGCUGUCGGCAUCACUGCGCCGCUCUGCGCCCCCAGCUCUGCUCCCUGCA